CGUCAUUCAGCCCCCGCGGAAGUAGGUGACACUUUCAUUGGCUGCUUUAUGUCCGCCUGUGGGAGCGGGCCUUUCGGAGGAGGCCGGAAGUGGAAUUACUGACAGGUGAUCAGAAAUGGAAAGAAAAGUAAGCAGAAUCUGUCUUGCUUCUGAACCUGAUAUAAUUCAUUUUCUACAAGUUGCUUGGGAGAAAACACUAGAAUCUGGUUUUGUUAUUACACUUACUGAUGGGCAGUCAGCAUGGACUGGGACAGUCUGUGAAUCAGAGAUUUCCCAAGAAGCUGAUGACAUGGCAAUGGAAAAAGAGAAAUAUGUUGAUGAACUGAGAAAAGCAUUGGUGUCAGGAGCAGGACCAACUGACACAUACAAGUUUAAUUUUUCUAAAGAGUCUUGUCACUUCUCCUUUGAGAAAAACUUGAAAGAUGUUUCAUUCAGGCUUGGUUCCUUCAACCUAGAGAAAAUUGCAAGCCCAGCUGAGGUCAUUAGAGAACUUAUUUGUCACUGCCUGGACACCAUUGCAGAAAGCCAAGCCAAAAAUGAGCACCUGCAGAAAGAAAAUGAAAGGCUUCUGAGAGAUUGGAAUGAUGUUCAAGGACGGUUUGAAAAAUGUGUGAGUGCUAAGGAAGCUGUAGAGACUGAUCUUUAUAAACGGUUCAUUCUGGUGCUGAAUGAGAAGAAAGCAAAGAUCAGAAGCUUACAUAAACUGUUAAAUGAAGUUCAAGAACUGGAAAAGAACAUCGAACAUAAGAUGGAAACUCCAACAUGUUCUGAAAUGACUACUCACAGAGAUGCAAUCUAUGAUGAAAGUACUGAUGAGGACAGUGAAAUCCCAUCUAGUCCUUCUGUGUUAACUCCAGCUACUGUAAGAAGAGAUGAUUCCAUUAUUUCAAGUCCUGAUAUACCUGAUAUUGCACCAAGUAGAAAGAGGAGGCAGCGGAUGCAAAAAAAUCUGGGGACAGAACCUAAAAUGGCCUCUCAGGAGCAACAGCUUCAAGAAAAGGAAAAAUUGAAAGCGGACCAGAGUGGAACUCUGGAAGCCCAGUGGAGAAGCUGCACGAAUCCAGAUGAAAGAUGAAAGGGAUGAUGUGUGGUCAGUUUUGAGACCCAGUUUGAUGCUUUCCAGCAGGAGAUAAGAGAGACGUUGCAAAUAAGCAUGACCUUGAUCUCCUUUUCUUCUCUGCUCUUCUUUCCAGAUAGCAGCAUCAGAAAUAUGUAGCAUUGCCUAUGCCAAAGUAUAAAUUAUCUAAAUUACAAAUUUCUCUCUUGGAUUGACUUUAAUUUGAUGUAUUAUUUGGAAGAGUUCCAAAAUGAUUGGUUGAGACAAUGUGUAAGACCCCUUGGAGUCACAUCUACCUCUUUGCCUGUUCCAUUUAUCUUAUUCUGACAUUUUAUUUCAGCACAUCCUUUCACUCUGAAUGAACUUCAUUUCCUUUCAAUUUAAUUAUGACACUCUUUUAUAGGAUAUGAAAAUGAAAGUUAAUUUGGUACUAUGAGAAAUGAGAACUCUUUUGGCAAAGAUACGCCACCGUGGCAUUCUCUGCAGUAGCUAUCCUUAUUAACACUGUCAUUGACACUGUGUGUAUGUGUAUGUAUGGGUGCUCAGUUGUGUCUGACUCUUUGUGAUCUUCUGGACUGUAGCCUGCCAGGCUCCUCUGUCCAUGGAAUUUUCCAGGCAAGAAUACUGGAGUGGGUUGCUAUUUCCUACUCUGGGGCAUCUUCCUGACCCAAGGAUAGAACCCACGUCUCUUGUGUCUCCUACAUUGGCAGGUAGAUUCUUUUACCACUGCACUACUUGGGAAGCAUCAUUUACACCAGCUAAGUGUUAUUCCUCCCAAAUUUAAAUCAUGCUUCCUACCACUUACAGCCUUUGAAUCCAUGAUAGAAAACAAAAGCAAAGCUAACUUAGGGGGGGACCUUGUUCAUAUAUAAUGUUUAUGCUACACAGAUAUAUUUUCAGAUUAAUUUCAAUUUCAUUGUUUAAAUUUAAAUUACAUAUAUUUUCAUGUAGGCCAAAUUCCAUGUAAAUAAAAAUUAUAAAGAAAAUAGAGCUUAGUACUAGCUUCAUUUGUAUUUACAAACUUAAUUCCCUCAAAAAUCUAUGCAUAGAAAUAUUUUUCUUUGAGUUUUAUAAGAUUAUUUAAUGACUACACUAAUAUGCAAGUAGUUUAAGUAUCUGUUAAUAGCAGUUAACAAAAAUAAGCAGUGUCUUUGCUUUAGGCGAUUGGCUGUGAAGAAGUACCUAACAGAAUUAUUAAACUUUAGACAAUGUUAAAGAGUGAAAAAGAGAAUACUUUGAAAAUAGACUUAUUUAAAAAAAAACUAUACCUGUAUCUAUGUAAUAUAUGUGUGUGUGUGUGUGUGUGUGUGUAUAUAUGUAUAUAAAGGAUACCAUAACUCAGUUGCAUUUUUUUAUGUCACAAAGACAUUUGCCUUGAAGAUUGCCCCUUAUAUUAUCUCUUUUAAAUGAAUGAAAAAUUGUGUGCUUUAACGUUCUGUUAUUCACCAAAGAAUUUUAAAGUAAUAGUUAUACAUUUAGUAGACCUAGUUUCUGUUAGUUCUCUUUGGGAUUGAAAUUAUAAAUAGGAAGAUAGAUACUUGUGAAGAUAUGUCCUUUGAUGUGCUUUUUAAGUCCACAUUAUUUCUCAUCUGAUGUAUUAUCAGUUCAGUUCAGUUGCUCAGUUGUGUCCAGCUCUUUACGCCCCCAUGGACUGUGGCAUGCCAGCCUUCCGUGUUCAUCCCAU